CAAUGCGGCGACUCGUGCCUCGACAAAUAACUGGGUUCAGCCACUUCUCGUGUGUGUCUGGGAGAUAACUAACAGCGCUCUGAUGAUAAACUUCACCCGCAUCCAUGAGGCAGUUCGACAACCCGAGAUUUCAAGAAUUGUCACUUUUACCCCAUUGACUACAGAACCUGCCUAUUACUCAAAGACGACAUGUUAUUUUUUUCCCUCAACAACGACAACAUAGCCUACCGCAGAUCUUUCAGGAUAUAGGCCUAUUUCUGUGGAAAGGUAACCUAUAUUGACGAAGCUUCAAGAAAAUAAGAUUGAAAAGAUGUGAAGUUUAUGAAGAGGGCUUUAUAAAAUAAAGGAAAAGCAAUGUAUGGAUUUAUCAACACGUGUCUGAAGUCACUUGUGAUAGAAAAGUUUGGAGAAGACACUUGGGACAAACUCAGGAAUGAGGCAGGUGUUCAGGACACCUUCAUGACUUAUGAGGUGUACAAGGAUGACAUAACGAUGAAAUUAGUCUCUGAGGCCUGCAAACUACUUGAUGUGAAAGCAGACAUCGUGCUGAGACAAUUUGGGGAGUACUUCUUUGAGUUCUGUAAGAGGUCCGGAUAUGACCACAUGUUGCGGACCCUGGGAGGAAACCUUUUUGACUUCAUUGAGAAUUUGGAUGCUCUCCAUGGCUACCUGUCUCUCUCCUACAAGGAGAUGAAUGCACCCUCAUUUCGAGUGGAAAAGAACAAAGAUGGCUCUAUGCUUCUGCAUUACUACUCUGACCGUAGGGGUCUCUGCCACAUUGUCCCUGGUAUAAUUGGGGCAGUGGCGAGAGAUUUUUUUAACAGCACAAUAACAAUGGAGAUAGUGGACCACACGGAGGAGCUGGAGAGGACAGCUAAGAAGGAGCAUGUAGUCUUCCUCGUCACGCAGAGACUGGCACUGCCCGAGAGACGUGGUGUAGAUGAUGCCCCGAUGCCCACUACCCAACCCCCAGCCGAAACCCAUCACCACCGCGGUGCCACGUACUUGGGGAAAGAGAAGAAGCAUCAGACUCUUUGCCCCUUCAGGAGGAACCACUGGGAGAUGGUCAGAGGUUUAGUACAUCUUGGAAAAGGGAAACUCCUGAGAGGUUUUGAGCCAGUGUAUCCUGACCAGCUCUUUAUUGACCUGAAGACGUUCUGCAGUGCCUUCCCUUUCCACAUAGUGUUUAAUGAGGAGCUGGAGGUGAGGCAGGCCGGUGUGACCAUCCAGAGGAUUGUCCCGGGCCUGCAGACCAUGGGCAUCCGACUGGACCACUACUUCUGCAUCGUCCACCCAGGGGUUCCCUUCACCAUCCCCAGCAUCUGCACGUUCAUCAACAGCCACUUUGUACUGCAGACGCGCAGGGACAUGAUGCCAGAGUGCUGGACGGACAGGCCCAUGCUGGAGCUUAGAGGUCAGAUGCUGUGGAUGCCCUCGCUGCAGUGCAUGCUGUACUUGGCCUCGCCGCUGCUCCGCAGCCUGCAAGAGCUGGAGGAGCGGAGCAUGCACCUGUCGGACAUCGCGCCGCACGACGCCACGCGCGACCUGAUCCUGCUCAACCAGCAGCGCCUGGCCGAGAUGGAGCUGUCCAGUCAGCUGGAGCGCAAGAAGGAGCAGCUGCGCCUCCUCUCGCAGCACCUGGAGGAGGAGCGCCGCAAGACGGAGGCGCUGCUCUACGCCAUGCUGCCCAAACACGUGGCCAACCAGCUCAAGGAGGGCAAGAGAGUGGAGGCAGGUGAAUUUAAAGAGUGCACCAUCCUCUUCAGUGAUGUGGUGACCUUCACCAACAUCUGCUCCGAGUGUGAGCCCAUUCAGAUUGUCAACAUGCUCAACUCCAUGUACCUCAAGUUUGACCGGCUCACCACAGUACACAACGUUUACAAGGUGGAGACGAUUGGAGAUGCUUACAUGGUGGUUGGCGGUGUCCCCAUCCCUGCCUCUACCCAUGCUGAGCAGGUGGCCAACUUCGCCCUGGGCAUGGUCAUAGCAGCUAAGUGUGUCACUAACCCAAUCACGGGACAGCCCAUCCAGAUUCGGGUGGGGCUACACAGCGGUCCGGUGCUGGCGGGAGUGGUGGGCGAGAAGAUGCCCCGUUACUGCCUGUUUGGGGACACCGUCAACACCGCCUCACGCAUGGAGAGCCACGGAUUGCCAGACAAAAUUCACCUGAGCCCCACAGUAUACCAUGUACUGAGGCAUAAGGGCUUUGAGAUGCUGGAGCGGGGGGAGAUCGAGAUCAAGGGGAAGGGGAGGAUGCGCACCUACUUCCUGGAGAGGAACCUCACUGCCACUGAGAGCCAGAUCAUGGGCCGCCGCCGCAGCCACAGAGUCACAGAGACCAACCCAGCCCUUCAGAGGCAGUGGAUUGACGACUGCCAGACAGCUGUGCCCAUGCAGUAUGGAGAGAGCCCUGCUGAGACGCAGACUCCUCAGAACAGGGAGGCUGCACCCAGAGAAAAGAGCCUCUCAGGUAAGACGCGGGACUCUGAGAGCUACGGCAGCCUGCACAGCGAGGGUCUCUCUGAGGACCAGAGCCCAGCACAGGCGGCGGAGGACAAGAUGACCCAGUCCCCCUCAGCACGGGUCGAGCCCACAGAGCCAGCCCGCUCAGCAACCCACCGGAACAAAGGCCCUCGGACUGCUUUCUGCACCCUGCUGUGAACGUAUGGCUUAUCUGUAUCAGUGUCCUUUUUUGAUUGUUAUUAUUGGCUCAAAAAGCAUUUCAACUCUGCGUAGGUCUUCAUCAGGGAGAUAAAGAGAGAACCUAAGGGUUGAAAUGUUGUUUGUGCCUAUAAAAAACACUCAUAAAAUGAGAGAACAAAAAAACUAAUGCAGACUUUUUUGUGAGAAGAAUCUGCUGAUUUUUUACUCAUCCAUUCCUGCACCAGGCAUGUACGCAAAUGACCCCUUCCUACUGAUGUCCUGCACCAGGCAUGUACACAAAUGACCCCUUCCUUCUGAUGUCUGUGUUUUCACAUCUGUUGGUGUUCUGUUAGAAUCGGGGCCAUUUGGCAGCCGUGAUUGCGAGAGGUGCCAGAAUAGGAGACUCGAAAUGAUAGAUAGAGAGAGGGCACUCAGGGUCAGCUAUAACAUGUCUUCUCUCCGUGAAACAGAAGCUGACUAGGCUACACUCAGAAGAGACAGGACUCCAGAUCGGCCAAGAUUAGAGCCAGGUCCACCCCACAGCCAGUCGCCCUCACAGCAGAUGUCUUGGACAGGAUUUAAGAUCAGUUUGAUGUUUGGAAGUUCACAUGAUUCCCCUACGAAAAAGAGCUAUAGAAUCUUACAGUAUUUUGGGACAAAAUAUUAUUGUAAUCUUACAGUAAUACUAUAUAUUAUAGGAAUCAUAUCAGUAGUAUUUUGGGACAUGCUCUAAAAGUACAAUAACACUGUAUUGUAGGAACACUAUAGAGGAUAACAAUAUUAUAGAGGUAUUACAGAACGUCAUAGAAGUAUUAUACCAAAGAAAUACUACAAAUCUUUGUAAUAUGUAGUAUUACUAUUGUUCUUUUCCAUAAGGGUUCCCAAAAAGCACACUGUAAAUGUCCGCAUGUUUUGUUCUAGAACACACAAAAGGGGUAUGGGAUUGCUCACCUCAGUCAAUGUCAUUGUGGAACAAGUGUUUAAAAUGUCAUAACAACAUGUCUGGUUUAAUGUAAUAUUUUGACUAACUUUUAACUAAAAAUGAAUGAGCUCCCAUUUUGAUCUAGUACAGAGAGAUGUUUCUGCCUUGUUUUUAUGUUAUGAUGAAUUUGCGUUAAAAUGCAGGUCUAUGAUAUAGAGCUCAAAAAUAUCUUUGUAAUACUA